AGAAACUAAUUUAGUUCCUAUUCGAAAAUUUUCUGGAAAAACUGAUGAGGAUCCAAACGAUUGGCUCAUUCACUUUGAAAAAGCUGCUAAAGCAAAUAAUUGGACUUCAGAAAGAAUUAGAAAUA